GGUCAUGUUGUCUUAUAUUUUUCUUGCUGGAGACAUCUACAUAUGCAUGCGGCCGUUGUGUUCUCUGCUUGGCCGCCCGAAACACGUUCAUUUUCGACAGCCAGAAGCUUUUGUUCGGCGUCUUUCACGCUUUCCUCCUGUAAUUCUUCCAACAAAACCCCUUCCUCAUCAAAAUAAGCCGAUAUCAUGGCUCGACGACCAAUUCCAGAACGAACACUGGCUCUCUAAUGACCAUGCCUUGAUGUUUGAUCCAACUGUCGAAACUUUGCACCAACUCAUUCGCGAAAACAAAUUUACUACCGCCCAUCGCGUGCGCUGCAGGCUGCAGGAUCAGGGCAAGGAUAUUCCUCACGACAUGUUAUUUCUUGAUGCUGCUCUCGGAGAAAUCAACACCCUUUCCCCUGCAACAUAUCAUGCUUUCUACGGCUGGUUAAACCUCAUACCUGCCAAACAUAUUGUCAAAACUAGCGAACGAAACCCAUUUCGCUUAUUUGGCUCCCUUUAUCGCUCUGGAAAGCCUUCUCAGGACCUUGAAGCGAUCUUCGGCAUGGUAAAGAUAGCCUCUUCCAAGGGUUACUUCUUUGAAGUGGUCGAACGGGUCUUCCCGUUAAUGGUGCGGCUAGUAAAGCCGGCAAGCAGUUUGGAUUUGAUGUUGGAGUUUGAAAAAGGCUACCUGGAUUAUAUCAUUGCUCUCGAACCUCAGAACGCUAAGCGACAUGCGUCGCUGGCGCGCGAAACUCUUAUCCUGGAAUUAUGCAAAGGGAAAGGUAGAUGGAUAAAGAUGGCCGCUAAACUUUUGAAGCGUUCAAAGCAAAAAGGCAUCUCUGUGUCCUCUGAGGUUUCUGAACUAGUCAAAGCGUUAGCGCAUAAUGAGAAAACAGGCUAACCUUCUGACUAUGCUUCACUGCAACGAGACGAGACGAACGUAGACAUGUCCACGGAACACAUGUAUCCAGCCUUUAAAGCUGAAAUUUGCCUUCAAUUGGCACCGUGGAACCUUCGUGGUGGACUGACACCAUUCCUGUCAACCAAAGGUGUCUUUACUGGCAUUCAAAUUGUUGAGGCCUAUGUACAUUCAUCAUUUCCAAACGGUACCAUUGACCCCUGGUUGUGAUGCGGCAACGAGGCCAAGGUGAUGUCCUGCUCACUGCAAUUCGAUUGAGUAUGAAGAAGAUUGGUCGCCAAUAAUCGCUUCAGUUUCAGCUUCAGCACGAGGUUGGUUCACAGUCCUUGAUACGUCAAACCGUCAAACCUGCGGAGACCAG